AGUCUUUUUACUGAGUUCAGAUACUGUGCAUGAUAUGUUGGCCCUUGAAUGUAAAUAACGCAAAACAUUAGGAAUAUUUUUAUCAACUGAAUCGAUGAAGGCGAUGGGCGCGUUCAUCUACUUUUUAAGAGUAGUACGUGUAUAGAAAAUAAGCAAUAAGACGAUUGUGUGCGGAACUAUAGAUUCAUGUAUCCUGUGCGGGCGGCCUUCCAUCGACCCUCAUUGGGUAACCCGGAAGUAAUGUGCAGUAGCCGUGUUUGCAGCUGGUACAUCCGUCAAGACAUUCGUGGUUCCAUCUCUAGCAGGGUUAGCACAUACUGGAUAGGCUGGACACCACAGUGUAUCAUUUACCGACUAUUCAUUUCAAAUUUCUCUUUGGGAACAUGAACGGUAACGACAGAGCUUAGUUUAGCACUGAAGUUUCGGAUCAUUCUUCCUACAGAUGGGAUUCAAGUGCCCUGUGGUCUCAUACAGAUGUUGACCAGCGGUGGACCAAGACCAAGAUCAAUUUUCUACAAUGCUUGGGCUGCAGGGUAACGCUUCAUCUUCUAAAGUGUAUCGUUGUAUGGCUUGUUCAGCAACCUUCACUGGACUGUCUACUUUGCUGGUCCAUCAAGCAACACAUGCCAAUGCAUUGACCAAAGUUCAUUCUUCAGAAACAUCAGAAAAGGCCCAACCUGAGGAAGCAGUACAUGGAAGCAACCCUCAGUUGGAUCAGCCUACGCCGCCACCACCUUUGCCUGAAUGCCCUUCAUUCUAUAUUUGUGAUUGUGGAGAAGAGUUUCGGGACUUUAAUCUUAUGCUAGUGCAUAAGCGUUCACAUAUAUCUACCCAACAGCGUCUGCAACCUUUGAAUAGCAAUAUAUUCCACUCGGUUAAAGAAGAAUAUGCCCAGGACACUUCUGCCCAUCUCGAACCCCUUAGAAAAACCUUUACCCUACCAGUUGUGUCCAUGAGUUACCCCUCAACCUCUGUGUCUUUAACCUCUGAAGUUGUCACUUCCAGAGACCCUGUAAUUGAUAGCACAUUGCCAAAUCACAAUGUUGUAGGCAUAAACCUUGAGGAAGCUAUUGUAAGCAAUCCUCCGGAUAAAAAAGGCUUACACGCAGAUUCGAAUACACAAGAAGCCAAUAUUUUGAGUGUACAGGAGCCUCGGCCAACUGCCAUACAAGCCUCAUCUUCCAAUGUAAAGGCAUUUUCUAUCCCUAGUAUGACAACCACACAGGCUGGGAAAGAGCCCAAAAAUAAGAAUUUGAUGAAGAUGCUUGCUACUGCAUAUAUGAGCCGGUUUCAGGCCUCUAAGAGUGAAAACCCAAGUCAGGAAGAGGUCGUCCCUAAAAAUGAAAACAUCCCAUUUGAGAUAACAUCAGAAACUGCUUCAGAUCCCACACCCACUUCAAUUUCACUGUUAAGGACUCAAAUAGGAAAAUCUCGUCCUAAGAGCAAGUCUCCCACAGUUGGCAAAAUUCUUGAUUCUAGUAAAAAGAGCAUUGUGUCUCUGACGCAGACCUUCUCCCCCGUGGUGCUCCUUGAAACCCGUCAGAAGCUUAUUGAUUCUAGCAGUAACGGUACAUGUGGGAGAUAUCAAUGUGGCCGAUGUCGUAAGGUGUUUCAGGACUUGGACAGUUUGACUGAACAUCAUUUCUUGCACAGAAAAGAGAGAAUUAAAUGCUGUCGUUACUGUAAGCAACUUAUAAUUGGAAAACUGCCAUUUCCUGACAACCAUAUAUGUGCUCAGUCAGCUGGCAUUGCAAUUCACAAUUCUAAUGCAAAGCAAAAGACAUUGCCGUUUGUACAAAAAACUGCAAUAUUCCAUAGCCUAAAGCAACAGAGCAUUAUAAAUAAGGCAAAAAAAGCAUUCUUUUGUCCAGUAUGCAAGCACAGCUAUGCACGAAGGUACAACCUUAAAAUGCAUAAGUGCCAAGGCCCAAUAUCUCUUUCUCAGCAUGCCACUUCCCCUAUUGCAAAAAAGAAAACGCAGAGCUCAGAAAGUAAGGUCAUUACCAAUGCACAAGUUGAUGAAGGGUCUCAGAAUUGCAAGAGUGUUGCAGUGGGAACAGCAGUAAUUGGUAACAUCAAAGUAGAAGUAACUCCACCCAGUUCAGGACAUCAAAAAUAUCCUGAUGUGUCCCGGUCAGGCUCGGCCAAUAGCUUUUUACCCUUCUACCCCAGACCACCCGUGCAAAGGCAACCCAAGGAUGUCAUUCCAGGCAACAGCUUGCUCCAGCAAGUAGAAAAGGAAAGCAGGGAUACAGCUGUUGUUCCUCAACAAGAGGAUAAUGGCGGACAAUGGAGGGUUCCCUUGGAUGAUGAAAUGGAAGAAUUGGAGUGUACCAUGGGGACAGGUGACGAUUAUAUAAAAUCUAAGAAAACCAUACCCGUCGCUACUGUAAAUAAAACUCAAAAGACUGGCCUAAGCUUUUUUAUCAGAGAUGGUGCAAAACGUUACCCAUGCAAUAAAUGUCAGAAGACUUAUAGCCGGCCUUCCACCUUAAGGAGGCAUCUGAGACUCUGUGGGUUCAGGCCACAUGGAACGGUGACAGCACAACACCAAAACACUAAGGUCCAUAAUGUUUUGGGGCCAAAAUCGCAAUUUUCCUCUAAGGUGAACCCCAUCUUUAAUUGCAUUUUCUGUGGAAAGACAUUUAAUCGUAAGGACAACAUGGUGACUCAUCGUAGGAAAUGCCAGAUAAAAAGGGCAAUGCCCGGAAUGAACAGUGGAGCGUUGCAGCAAAAUCUUCCAGUCAUAGAGUCUGAAGGACAACGGCAGCAGCCACAAGAUGAGAGUGCGAACUGGGGUGUGAUGUCGCUGCCCUCUGUUCUUCCAAGAAGAGUGACAUGUGAAUGUGGCGCUGGCUUUACAUCUCCAAAACUACUUCUGGAGCAUCUGCAAAAACACGCACAGGAGUCGUAUACAUGUCCUACUUGUGGUGAGACGGUCGCUUCCUGGGCUGACUAUGAAGUUCAUCUGCAGAUCCACAUGCAUCCUCACAACCACCUCUACAAGGGUCUUCAGCCACAACGAUCCCAGCCCCUGUUGCUGCGUUUUCAACAGCCGCUGCUGUCUAAAUCUGUUCCCAAGCCUCAACUUAAGCAGCCCCGCCUCACACAGCCUUCCUUUAAGCAUCCCCAGCUCCCGCAGCUCCCAACACCAGUCAAGAAGCUGCAGCGCAUUGUAUGCAUGCGAUGUAACAACACCUUCUCCAACCACUGCAAUCUGCGAAAGCACAUAACUCUAAAUCGCUGCAAAGGUGGACGCGCCACAGUUCCCCCCAAGGGGGGUCACUGUUCCCGCUGCAACACCAACUUCCACAGCAUCAUCAGCCUCGUGUUCCACCAGCGGAGCGGAGCCUGCAAGCUGGCGGUCAAACCCGUCCGCUGCAAUAUCUGUCUGCGCUGGUUUGGCACAGAGGACGGGCUGCAGAAACAUCUGCUCACACACAAACAAUCCCAAACCGUUCACUGUGAUGUUUGCCAGGGAAGUUACUCAAGUCUUAAGUCCCUCAAAAACCACCGCAGGAAGAUUCACGGCAUCAGGGCUGGAGGGCACGAUGCGCUGCCGCUGGCGGUGCCGAAACUGGAAAAGUCCUUGUAAUUUUUGCUUGUUUAUUCUGUACAUACAUUGUGCCACUGCUUUUUAGGGAAAAUGGUGUCUUAUUGGCUGCUCCUUACCCAAUUUGUCAAGUGUUUUCUUUUUAUAUACCACGCAUAAAUAGGUGUACAGCUCCAUCUGUGAAUUAUUUUGUGAUAAUGUAAACUAAGGCAUUUGAAAUGAUUAAUAGAAGCUGUGUGUUUUAACCUUUGAUUUAUCUAGUAGCUGAUAGUCAAUUAAUGUAUGUGUUUGUUUGGCUUGUUCCUACUGUAAUAAAGUCAUCAAGGUAUUUGGUGUUUGGACUAUUGAUUAUCAUUAGGUUUAUUUUACUUAAAGACUUUAAGUUUUGUUAUUACUCUGCACAAUCUAUAAGACUACUUAAAUAAAUAAUGAUCCCCUUUCACAGAGCAGAGCGUUUUAAAUUUUUGCUAAAUAAUAUUUUUUUUUGUUGAUAAAGUACACAUGGACCACCAUAGAACAUCCAUGUCUUACACAAGUAGACAUGGGUAGAAGCAAAACAUGUCAAUUACAUGUCAGGUUUUGGCUUUAGUACAAUUUAUAUUUUAUAUUAUGAACCCACGUAAGUAUUGAUUAUAAAACGUACACAGACUUCAUGGUACUCUUCCCAGGAUUUAAUGGAUUACAUUUUUCUGAAUAGACUAACCAAAUGCAAAUUCUUUAUUUGUAUUGGUACUUACAAGCUUCCGUACCACACAUUUUGGUGUUGGCGGGAUUGACGUUUGUGACGUAUGUACGUUUUACGUAAAAGAACAAGCCCUAGUUCUAGCUGUAGCAACUAGCACCCGGUAGUUUUUUUUUCAUAUUGAUUACUUAUUGUACGCGGUUAUUUUAUACAUUUAGGUGUUGUUCCACUUGGAUGAUCAGACAAUAGCCUACGAUAGUACAAAUAUGGGUCUAGGCUUUUUAUAGCACGGACUGUGUGCAGAACUAUAUUCUGGACUCAAGGACCGUUUCAAGAAUCAUCGAUCAUGCAGAGAAGUCAAGGACAACACUUAAGAGGACCCUUCUCCGGGAUCACAAGCAUGGACGAAGGCUUUACAAAAAGCAAUGAUCUUUUUUGCUUCAGCUGUGAGAAUAUAUUUCCAAGCAUUGCGUUUUUGGAGGAACACUGUUGUCCAGCUACGACUCACAUCUGCUCUUGUGGAACUGAGUUCCCUUUGUAUUUGGAUUUGGUUGCCCACAGCAAAACCCACCCACCUGGACACAGUGUUGUUGACCAUAAAGCUGUAAGAAGGCGCAGAUUUGAUAGGGAGCAGGAGGAGAAUCUCAGACUUUCCGCUCAGCAGGGCCCCUCGUCUUUAAUUGGUUUCAGCACCAAACCAGCAUCCUCUUUAGAGGUUGUGUCAAAACGGCAAGUCCCCCUGCAGUCAACUCCACCUAAUUCCGAGAGGAUUUCUAAACUGUUCCGUAGUUCAGCUGCACCAACUGUGGACCUCUGGACUAUUUAUCAACCAGUGGUGUUGAUAAAGAUGCCAUCGUUUAAGAAUAAAGGGACUUAUCGUUGUGGUAAAUGUUUGCAGAGAUUUUCAACAAAAAGUAAUCUCGUUUUGCACUACAAUACUCAUGCCAGAGAUAAAGUCUUUGGGUGCAUAGGUUGUGGAGUGCUUCUCUCCAGCAACAAAUCGUUGCCUCAGUACCAUCAAUGUAAUUCGCCCAACAGUUUCCUUGCAGCAGGAGUGAUCACGACUCGUGCAGUUUGUGGCCAAAAGCCCAACAUGCUAUCUGGGGAACAGACCGUACUUCCAUCUAAUAAACAGCUUAACGCAACGGCCCCUAAAAUUAUACGAUUGAAGACCUAUGCUCGCCCACAUUCAAACCUGGCAAACAAACCCACGCAGGCAACCUUUACCAUGGAUGCAUUCCCUUGUGGAGUCUGCCGUGUAGCAUUUGAAAGUGUUAAGUUACUUCAGCGGCACAAAUGCAUUGAAGCCCAGAGAAUUGUGCUAAAUAAGUCCAUACCCAGACCACAGUCAAGCACUCCGUGGCGGAGCAUCACUUCCCUGAAGAGCCCGUAUCCUCUCCCCCAAACAGCAAGAAGCAAAAACCAUAGCGUUGCACCUUUCAGCGUUGGCCACGCUUAUCGAAACAAGAAUGUGGUGCUCACCAAUGGGCAAGGGGGGCAGCCUGUAAGAGAGAAAACUGAUUUGGAUUCAGAUGAUGACUGUUAUAUUAUUGAAAGCUCCUCGAAAAAAGCUAACAAGAUGUGCAAUUUAUCCUCAUCCCUCUAUCUUCAAAAGAAUCAAUGAAUGUAUGUAUAUGUGUAUGUAUAUAUGUAUGUAUGGUGGAUCACCUUUUUGCUUAUUACAGUGGGCAGAUUUUGCAGCACUUUUUCUUUUCAUCAGAACAAGUUGUGGAUUUUGUGUAAUGAUUUUCGGGAUGUAGAUAGUAUGGCAUUUUUUUUAUUUUUUAUGAUCUUGAAUGAGAACAAAUGUAAUGGUUGACCAAAAAAUGCCUUUUUUCAGAAUUACAAAAUACUAAUGAAAUAAAAACACGUAUUUUGAAGCUGAAGUUAUGGAUUUUGGUGUGGUCAUUGUUUUGGAAACCUUUUACUUCAGCGAAUGUAAAUAUUAGAAGAUAUAUAUCUUGUCAUAUG